AUGGAAGUUAUUAAACCCAAAACAAACUAUGCUAAAGAUAGUGAGGAGGUGAACUUUUUUUUUGAGAAAUAUCAAGAUGCACAACAGGAUAUGGAAUUAGAAGUGGAAAAUAUGGACGUUGACGUGGAAACUGUACAUCCUUCAAGAUAUAUUAAAAAGCUUAGGGCAGUAGCAAACCGAGAGGAUGAUAAAAUUAUUUUUGAGCUGGACGAUAUUCAAGCCUUUGAAGAUGAUGGAAAUGUUACAAAUGGUUUGGUUCGCAAAAUCAUGACAAACACUUGGCAUUAUAUUGAAUUAAUUUAUCGAAUUUGUGAUAAAUUAAUGCCUAUACCCAUAAAUCCCAUUGGUCACAUGGAUGAUGUUUUGGAUGUUAUCAUGCAACAUAGAAAGGAUAAAGAUCAAAAUAGAGCACCCGAAGAUAGAACACGUUUUCCAGCUGCUUUAACGAGAAGAUAUUCACUGUAUUUGAAACCAUUAAAAUCUGAAAAAACACUAGCUAUUCGCGAAGUUAAUGGUUCUAACGUAGGUCAUUUGGUAACAGUCAAAGGAAUUAUCACACGGGUCAGCGAUGUUAAACCUUUCUUAUUAGUUGCGGGAUAUUCGUGUGAAAUGUGUGGCGAUGAAGUGUUUCAAGAAGUCACCAAAAAGAAUAUUACGCCACUUGUGAUAUGUCCUUCCGAGAAAUGUCAGAAAAAUAAUGUGAAAGGGAAAUUAUAUAUGCAAACUCGUACAUGCAAAUUUAUCCCAUUUCAAGAAGUUAAAAUGCAAGAAUUAACUGAACAAGUUCCAGUGGGUCAUAUUCCUCGAUCCAUGACAAUAUUUUUGCAUGGAAGUUUGACGCGUUCGAUGAAUCCUGGCGACAUAGUUAGUGUUUCUGGAAUAUUUCAAGCGACACCACAUCAUGGUUAUCGGGGUACAACUAGUCUGUUAACUGAUGUUUAUUUAGAAGGUCAAUAUAUAAGCCAGCUGAAAAAGCAAUACAAUAAAAUGAUAACAACUCCUGAAAUCUCAGAAAAGAUACGAGAGCUUGCUCAAGACCGAGAUAUCUAUGAAAAGUUGUCAAGAAGUAUUGCACCGGAAAUAUAUGGUCACGAAGAUGUAAAAAAGGCUUUGUUGUUACUGUUGGUCGGAGGUGUGUCAAAAUCCAUGGGUGACGGGAUGAAAAUUAGAGGAGACUUGAAUAUAUGUCUUAUGGGAGAUCCUGGUGUAGCCAAGUCUCAGUUGCUCAAGUACAUAUCAAAAGUAGCACCACGUGGAGUUUAUACUACUGGACGUGGUAGUUCUGGAGUUGGUUUGACAGCAUCUGUGACUCGUGAUCCCGUAACCGACGAAAUGAUUUUAGAGGGUGGUGCUCUAGUACUUGCUGACAAUGGUAUUUGUUGUAUCGACGAAUUCGAUAAAAUGGAAGAUGGCGAUCGAACAGCCAUUCAUGAAGUUAUGGAACAACAAACUAUAAGCAUCAGUAAAGCAGGUAUUACAACCACGUUGAAUGCACGUACAUCCAUAUUAGCUGCCGCGAAUCCUCUAUACGGACGAUAUAAUAUAAAGAAAUCCCCAACACAAAACAUCAAUCUACCCGCUGCUCUUCUGUCUAGGUUUGAUAUUCUAUUUUUGAUUCUGGAUAAGCACAAUGUCGAAGAUGAUACCAAAUUAGCGGAGCAUGUCGCACAUGUGCAUCAGCAUGGUAAACAUCCAGAAAUGGAAAGUGAUCUUUUGGAUGUUCAAAUGAUUAGACAUUAUGUUGCCGAAGCACGUUCAAAACGUCCGGUCGUUCCACCUGAUGUUUCAUCAUAUAUGGUUUCUUCUUAUGUUCAGAUGCGUCAAGAACAGGCAGAUGCAAUGGCUAACAAAAAAGCACACACUUAUACUAGUGCACGUUCUCUUUUGGCAGUAAUUCGUUUAUCUCAAGCAUUGGCUCGUGUUCAUCUGAGAGACGAAGUCAUGAGACAGGAUAAUCAUUGA